AGUCGCCUACCGUGAAUCUACCCAAGAAAUACCGAGCGCGGAUCAGAGUGUUGUGUUAAUCAGUGAAGUUCCCCAAAAAUAUGUCGGUACUGCCGGCACUUCUUUCCCUCCUGAUAACGUACUCAGGGACGCCAAUCGACGCCACGAGUGUUUUAGAAAAUGGGGCACUUGGGAGUACAUCCGUCUCCCAUUUUGAACCACAAGUCGCCAUGGUCUGCGAUCCCAGUGCCCAUGGCCAAGAGGUCUUUCAUCCCAAAUACAUGACAGACCAAGGAGAAUGGGCUUCAGAUCUAUACUCCAAAGCUGCAUGCUUCAAAGACAAGAUGGAUAUUUUGAACUAUUGUAAAAAGGUAUAUCCGAAAAGGGAUAUAACGAACAUAGUAGAGAGCAGUCACUAUUUGAAAAUUGGAUCUUGGUGCCAUGGAGGCACUUCCCCAAGUGGACAAUCUAGGGGAAAAUGCAAGAUAGCAAGAUGGGUGAAGCCAUUCCGAUGUUUAGAAGGACCGUUCCAAUCCGACGCGCUGUUAGUACCGGAGAACUGCAUGUUCGACCACAUCCAUAACCAGAGCAUCUGUUGGAAUUUCGGCAGAUGGAACACGACUGCAGGAAAGGCCUGCCAGGAAAAAGGACUCCAGCUGAGGUCGUUCGCGAUGCUUCUGCCCUGUGGAAUAUCGCUGUUCAGUGGUGUUGAAUUCGUAUGCUGCCCCAAACAUUUCAAAGAAACUUCGAAGCCAAAGAAACCCGUAGACCUCUCAAUCUCGAAGACAGAAGACGACCCGUUCGACAACAUCGACGACGACGACGACGAAGGCGACGACAAAGACGACCUGGCCGACCUCAAUGACGACACCGAGCUGUCUGACGACGAGAACGCCAGCGAAGAGGAGGAGGAGGAGGACGACGACGACAUGUACGACGAAGACAUCGACUGGGACACGCAAUCGAGUACCUCGAGCUACAAGGUGACGGUGUCGGCGAAUGCCAAGAAUGGGAGGACCACGACGACCGCCCAGCCUACUACUACGACCACUCCUGAUCCGUAUUUCACGCAUUUCGAUCCUAGGAACGAGCACGAUAGUUACAAGGAAGCACAGGAGCGACUGGAGGAAAUCCACCGCGAAAAAGUGACCAGGGUGAUGAAGGACUGGUCCGACCUGGAGGAGCGGUACCAAGACAUGCGUCGCACCGACCCGAAGAGCGCCGACGAGUUCAAGCAGAGCAUGACGCAGCGGUUCCAGCAGACCGUCCAAGCGCUGGAGGAGGAGGGCGACGCCGAGAAGCACCAGCUGGCCGCCAUGCACCAGCAGAGGGUGCUCGCUCACAUCAAUCAGAGGAAGAAGGAGGCCAUGACGUGUUAUACGCAAGCGCUCAAUAGCGCGUUACCGAAUACCCACCGAGUCCAGAAAUGUCUCCAGAAACUGCUCCGCUCCCUGCACAAGGACCGCGCUCACGCCAUCAGCCACUACCGCCAUUUGCUGGCCAGCAGCAUAGAAGCGGCAGCGCGAGAGCAGCCGAGGAUCCUCGAACGUCUCAACGACAUCGACCGAACCGUCAACCAGAGCAUGCAGAUGUUGAAGGGCUACCCCGAUUUGUCCGCUAAAAUUGGUCAGCUGAUGACAGAUUACAUCCAGGCUCUGCGGUCCAAAGACGAGACUCCCGGUAUGUUGUUGGCCAUGACCAAUGACGCUGAACAGGAAAUUUUGGAUAAGUACAAGUCGGAGAUAGCCAACAAGCAGGCGCAGAAGGAGAGACAGAGGAUCCAGGAGAAGGAGAGGAAGGAGGUGAGGAAGAAAGCCAAAACUGAAUUGAAGAGGGAGAAGAAACGCAUGGAUGACGUACAGGAGAAGAGGAAAUAUGAGUCUGCUGAUGAGGAGGUGGUAGAAGAGACAUAUGAAGAAACUAAAACAUCGAUCACAUCGUCCACAACACAGGGAAGUACCAAAUACGAACCGUUGAUGAAUACUGCAACUUCUACAGCAGGAUAUCGCAAAGAAGUUGACGAUAUUGCAGUCCAAGAAGCAGUUGAACAGGUAGCGAGGGCAUCUUCCCAUAAGCAGGAUGUGAUCAGAGUUGCUCAUGUUAUGAGUCAUGACAUCAGCCAUGGAGAACCGUCAUACUCUGUAAGAAGCGAACUGUAUGGCCGCAAGGACGGAAAGAGCAUAUACUUCACCCUGGCCUUCGCCGGCAUGGCCCUGAUGGCAGCGAUCAUAGUAGGCGUGGCUGUAGCCAAGCGCAAAACCUCAGCAUCCCCGCAACACCAGGGUUUCGUCGAAGUGGAUCAAACAGCCACCCCCGAAGAGAGACACGUCGCCAACAUGCAAAUCAACGGGUACGAGAACCCCACCUACAAGUAUUUCGAAGUAAAGGAAUAAAUAUGUGUGUUGAAAGUCCUAUUCGUUUCCGUUCGUUGUUUUGCUGGCAGAAUACUAUUUAUUCAAGCAAUAUGUUUCCCAUUUCUCAUUGGUAUUGCUGAUUUGGUGAUGUGAUAUUAUUUCAAGGUUUCGUAGUAUUUGGAUCAUUCCAUUAUGUGUUAACUAAAUGUACUUAAUGAGAAACUCGAUAAUAAUUACAUAGGUAUAUGCAGAAGAAAAGAAAUAUUUUGGAACCAUGAUGUUUUUGCAUUUGACAGUCUCACAUGACGGGGGUCCCUGAAAUGCUUUCCAUCUAAUCACUAGCAUACUAUUCCCAUCUGAAAAUUCAAGGCCCAUCCUGGAAUCACAAUCAAAAAAAUGCGGGUGGUUGUGUCCAAAGAUGUGUGAGUAUAUAAAAAUGAAAGAACAAUAGAUCAAUAGGAAAAAUAUACAGCGUGACAGAGUAGAUUUAAGAGAUGGUAUUGCGUCUCGAAAAUAUGAGAGACAUUGG